CACACAAGAUGGCGGCGGCGGCGGCGGCAGCAGCGAGCGGCAGCACCUCCUGACAGCGCCGCCGCCAUGUUGGUGAGGGCGGUAGCAGCGGCGGUAACGACAACAACGACCCUGCCCUUGCCCGGGCUACGGCGGCUGUGUCGGGGCGGGAGCAGCGGUUCGGCCGCCUGCUUCCCGGUGAGGCGGGCGGUGCUGGAGGUGCGGGGGGCCGAGGCCGCCGUUUUCCUGCAGGGCCUGCUCACCAAUGACGUCACGCGGCUGCUGCCCGGGGACGCCGCCUCCGCACCGGCCCCGCCGCGGGCGCUCUAUGCGCAUGCGCUGAAUGUGCAGGGCCGCUGUCUCUAUGACGUCAUCGCUUACAGGCUUCACGAGAGGGCAGAUGAAGAGCCACACAUCCUGCUGGAGUGUGACAGCGGUGUGCUGGAUGCCAUACAAAAACAUCUGAAGCUCUACAAGAUCCGGAGGAAAGUAAACAUUGCCCCUUGCCUUGACCUCUCUUUGUGGGCUGUCAUCCCCGGGGAGCAGGCUGGAGACAUUGCUGGUUCUCUCAGUAAAUGUGCAGACCAAGCACUGAUCUUAACUCCUGACCCCAGAACAGAAAUCAUGGGCUGGAGACUGAUAACAAGGAAAGGAGCAAAUCUCUCAGAGAUUAUCCCUGGGAGUCAUAUUGGAAAUAUUCAGGAUUAUCACAGGCAUAGGUAUAAGCAAGGAAUUCCUGAAGGUGUGAAAGAUCUCCCUCCUGGAGUAGCCCUCCCCUUGGAAUCCAACCUGGCCUUCAUGAAUGGCAUCAGCUUUACCAAAGGCUGCUACAUUGGGCAGGAGCUGACAGCCAGGACACACCACAUGGGUGUCAUCCGUAAACGUCUGCUGCCAGUCCAUUUCCCAGCUCCUCUUCCCAAGGACAGCAUUCCCGAGGGUGCUGAGAUCUUAACUGAAUCUGGAAAGUCAGCUGGAAAGUUCCGGGCUGGAGAAGGUGAACUUGGUCUGGCUUUGCUGAGGUUAGCUAAUAUCACUGAACCACUCUGCCUAAAUAUAGCAGGUGAUAAAGUGAAGCUGACUGCAAGCACACCCGAGUGGUGGCCAAAAAAUGCCAGUAAAUAAAUGAGGAACCACUGGCACUUUUGCCUUAUUAAGGAUCUAUUUUGUGUGAUGAUGUUGAGGAGGAGACUCUUGCCUUCAGCUGCUGGUUGUGGUGUCUGAUGGGCUGGGGGUGUUACAGGCUUCUUUGUGACUGCAACAGCAGGAACAGCGGUGGAGAUCCAGGAGGAUGAUCUAAGCCUGGAGAGAGCUGCACUGCAGGGAUGUGCACCUUUUCCUGAGGGAAAUUCCCAGGAUUUAUUUCAGAAGAGGCUCUGUGUCGGGUGGGGUGUGUGUUUGGAUUGAAGGAAUGGGAGCAGGAGGUUCCCUGUCGUGUGCACUGAAUAUUUCUGUUCAGAAUAACCAUUCUGUGGUAUUGGAAUGUGGUUUUUUUGGUUUUUUGCUAUUUUUUGUGUGGUUUGUUUUGUUUUGGUUUGGUUUGGUUUUGGUUUUUUUAAUGGUAAUUUUUAAUGCUCAUCCUCUGCAUAGGACAUACCCAGGCUUGAAGUGUUCACUGCAAUUUGCAUCGAGCUUCUUAAACUUGCUCCUUUUUCCCCCACCACUCUGAGUGCUCAUUGUGUUCAGGAAGAGGAAUUCCCUGUAAUACCACACUUCAGACCUUAUUUUAAUAAGCAUUCCCUGGUGGGAAAACUCUCCAACAUCCCAGUCUCCUGGCUCAGCAUCCACAGAGGGAGCACAGCCAGCUUCUCUGCCACUCCUGACCUCGGUCAUGCAUUCUUCCAUCCCUCAAGUGAUCCUUUCAGAGAGGAAAGGGUUAUUUUGCAGAAAGAGAAGUGCACGAUUUCGUGCCCUGAGGGUGGCUGUUGUGUUGACUUUCUGAUACUUGUCAGAAUGAUCUCUUACCAGAAGCACUUUCCCUCCAGUUGCCAACAACAGUUGAAGGGUGGAUUUUAUGUAUUUUUUUAAUUAUUACUAUUUUUUUGGCACCAACAUCUUUGCUGUGUCAUCUUGUAGAAAAUUCCUCUGUGUUUUCCCGAAGCUUUUGGCAGGGGUUACCUCAAUCCUUCCACAGAGGUGGUGAAGGGACAGCACCUCCAGAUCUCAGACCUUUUGCUCCUUAAGCUGCAGUCCCUGGAGAAGGGGUUAAGUCUGCACUUGGCUUAUCCUGCUGUUCAUGAGGGAGGAUUUUCACCACAUUCCUCUCUCUCUCUGCUCCCUCAGCUUGUUCUCAGAGCUCUGUACCCUUCCUACAAAAACCCAUCCUGGCUCCAUCCCUAAGCUGCCGAUCCCUCCAUCCACCACCCCCUGGGGGGGUUUCAGAGCAGCCCAAUACUUCAGCUUUUCUUCCACUGCUAUUUUGUGGCUCUUGCUGCUAUUCUAUCUUCACGCUUUUUCUUGCUCCUGGCGUGUUUUUAUUUGCACCCCCAAGGCCAUCCAGCUGAGUUCCUCCUCACCCUGUCAGCCUGCAGCAUUUUACAUGGAUUUUUGUGUUGAGAUAAAUCCAUCGCACCCCUGCUCUUGAAAGGAUGUGAGAUGAACCGGUUAGAUCUCGUUCUGACAAAAAAAAAAACCCAAAACAACCAACCUCUGGCAUUAAUAUUUGUAACAAAAAACGUCCAAAGCACGUUCUGCUACUGUUUCAGUGUCGCUGUUGCUGUGAAAUGAAUUUAUCUGUGAAAAAUGCUCAGGUUGGUUAAAAUGCUUUAUGCUUGCUGCAAAAUAAGCUUGUGGAAUAAGUCAUUAAAAGUUUCUUGUAUCAGUAACUUAAAUGUGACUUGUCUGAAAGAGAUGCUGCUCUUUAUUUACCAUGCUUGAAGAUGCUCAACAGAACACUUUUUUUCCAGACAGCUCCCUAGCAAGAAACUCAUCUUACACUGUUUGUCACCUCCUGUGUCAGGUUGGAGAUCACUAAUGAAGUCUUUCUGCUGGAAAAAAAAUAAAUGAAACUGCAGUGCUUUGCCCUUUCUGGAUCCUCCAAAUGUGACAAAGGCAGAACUGUGCUGCCUGUGUUGGUGCUGCUUUUCCAGAAGCAGCUUUUCCUCUGCCACCCAUUGUGCAAAGUCUCCUCAGAACAAUUAUAUUGUACUGGUAGGCACACAGCCUGAAUAAACACAUUUCUUCUGUUUGAGGAA